AUGAGUUCAUCAGCAGAAAAACAAAAAAAAGAAAAAUUAGGAAAAGAAAUUAAAGAAAUUAAAGAUGCUCUUAAAGAAUUAGGUGAAUCAUUAAGUAAUGUUGUUAAAGAAAUGGCCAAUGAAUAUAAAGCAAGAGCCAAAAGUGAAGAUAAAGAAGCUGCCUAUAUGAAAUUGAAAUCUGAAUAUCAAGAUUUACAAAGAAAAUCAAAUGCUGAUUUAGCUCAAAAUAAUUAUUUAGAAGUUUCAAUUAAAAGUUUAGAAAUUACCAUUAAAACAAUGGGUAGAGUUAGAACAAACUUUGAAAAUACUCGUCUCUUUUGGUUACAAGUUAAAGCUCAAUGUGAUUCAUUAUCUGAUAUUGGUAAUAUUAAAGAUCUCGCUGAAAUCGCUGAGCUUAGUGUUAUAUAUCAAACUGAUUUCACCAAUCAAACUAAAUCAUCAGGUUUAAAUUGGUUAGCAUUAGCUCAAAUUAAUUUUGUUGCAAGUAAUACAAUUACUGGUGUUAAAAAGAACUUUGAUGAAGUCAUGUCAAAUUUACCUGGUAAAGCUGAAGCUGAAGCAAUAGUUAAAGCAUGUUGUGAUGAAAUUGAAAAAACACUUGAUAGUGAGAAUAAAAAAAUUGAUGAAAUUAAAAAAGAAUCUGACAAACUUGCUAAUAAACAAAAAGAAGCUUAA